UUUUAAUUUGUUUUAUUUACAUGUAUUGAUAUGUUCUCUUCUUUCCUGUUGUAUCUGAGUUUACAUUUAAAUAGUUCAUUGUCUUUAUAAUUCUCGUGUGAUGCGUGAAUUCGAGAUUCAGAACCACGGACAGCAACGCGUCCUUUUUUUUUUUUUUAACACGAAGAAACUUAAACACAAACACACACUAAACCGCACUUAAACAUACAAACCGCUCUUUAUAAAACACCAAAAGCUUUUACUCGACAUUUCUCAACUCCUUCAGCCAUUAUCAAGCCUCGAAAGGAGAAAUACACGGAAAACUCUUUGCAGGAGCAAGAGGCUGGACAACAUCCACUCACUGAGUUCAAAGAUGCAGAACACCAACAAAUGCUAUUUAUGUCUCAAAAAACAGCUUCUGGCACCUAAAGGCAACAAAACUAAACAAAAUAAAGAAAUCCAUGGGCUGAAGUUCAAAAUCAUUGGCCUUGAAAAAAUCCUACGCAUAAUGAAGGUGAAACUUGCAAAAAUGGAAAAGAAGUUUAACAAAGAGACAAAGUGUCCUUCUGCGCAAAAUGGGAACAAGCAGAACGUGGACAAAGUUAACAUUCAGACCCUGCGACAGGAAGUGAAGCCACCUCCUGUACCUGGAGCUGCCCUGACCUCAACUCUAUCUCAAGAGCUGAGUGGAAAGGUUCUCAAGGAGAAGGGUCCAAAUACACCCAGGAUCCAGCCUAACUGGUCAUCAGAAGAAGAGCCAUUGUCUGUCAGCCAACGGUCAAUAGCACCUUCUUCCACUCCUGACCUUAAGAAAAUCCUGGAAAAGAGGCCCGGCUCUAGCAUGUCACCCGAAAAGAACGUAAAAGUUCCACGACUUGACACCCAUUCUCCCAAUACUGCAAGUCCUACACCUCUUGCAAAUUCCAAACAAAUGAACAGCAUGAGUGUAGCACCAGGAAAAAGUGAAUGCCACACAGGGAAGUCCCUUAUCUACGGGGCCUUAAAGACACUUCAAAAGUCAUGUUUUGAUGCGUUGCCUACAAUCGCGGGUCGUCUUCUUUUUGGAAGAAUAUCUGAAAUUCCUGGUCUGGGAGAUGAAGAAAAAUCAGUCGUUUCAGAUUUUUGUGAAAACCGGGCCUCAGCACAGGACUUUAUGUCAGCGAUUUUGUGCAUGAUCAAGGCAGAGGGAGCAGCUAUGAAACAUGAAUUCCUGCAGACUUUGUGUAGGGUUUAUGUAGGCAUGUGUCAGAAGACUGGAGAUUCUCACAAGGCACAUGCCCUCGCCUACAGGCUUCUGAAAGAAGACUUUCCUGAAGCCCCGAAGCUUAUUUUGGUCAUGGCGACAGCAUGGCCAGGCGUUUUUUCCCACGACAGCUCACUGUGCCAAGCCAUCCACAAAGUGACCAAGCUGAAAGCAGAGGGAGACAUAUUAGACUACCUCGGCGAGCACCUGCACUGGGAUGAGAAGCCUUCAGCUGAUGUCCACAAAAUUAUCUCCAGCACACUGAAGGCUCUUCUCCAGGACAGCAGUCUGACCUUCAAGAAGAACAGUUGGUAUGGAUUUGACCUCUGCCCUGCUGCCUGGGACUACAUCUUCAGUCUGGAUCUUCUGUGCACACAACAGGGAUGGAUGUGGACCUUCAAAAAUAUUAUAAGCCAGGAGAUUUGGCUGAACAUGAGCACUUGGCUGAUGCAAAAAAGAUCUCAGCAUACGGCAGUCGGAGACGUCUGCAUAGCAGCACUUUUGAGGCUACUUGGGCGACUUGGCCAGCUGGGCCUUAAGGAGAAAGAGGCUAGGUUGGUCAAAAACCUUGCAAACGGUAUAAAAGACUUUGGAAACUACAGACUAUCAGACGUUGCAGGUAUGCCUUGGGAGGUGCAGCUCUCAGUGUUCUAUGCCACUCAUGAUCUGGCACCCGGCAACCCCAGGGAAGCCCUGGAGGCUUUGACAUCAUGGCAAGAAAGGAUCACACAACCGGUUCCUCCAGCUGUCACCAGCUGCAUUACACAGAUCAGUACGCUCUGUCAGAAGAUCUAACCUGUAUAUAAUAAAUGAAUCUGUUUAUUAACACCA